AUGCGACUUCAAACAACUCAAAGUUGGGACGACUUCUGUCACCAAAAUAAUUAUCACAAGUCUAAGACUCAUUCUGCAAAUUUGAGUCAUAAUUCCCCAAAUGAUUCUUCAGGCCCAUCCUCCCCAUAUUCCUCUAAUCAUUCAUCGCCACGGCCAUCACGUGAACGCGAACUUUCGCCAAAACGAUACAAAGCAAGUAAGUCUGAAGAAUACAUUCCGCGCCCACGAAAGCCUUUUCUGCCACAAGCUACUUUUCUAGCAAAAAGUGGAGUAAGUCCUCUUCCUGUCAAGAAUGAAGUACAACACCACCACGACCAAAUUGUCGACAUCGGGACUUGCAUCUCUGAAAACGAAGAAAUUUUGAGACGAAUUGGAUUCAACUUGCCAUUUAAUAAUGAAUUCUGCGAAAGAAGUCGCCCGGACGUGGUAAAACUUGGCGUCAAUCUCAAAACACUUUUGGAACUCACAGACUCAAUUGCACGCCCAAAAGAACUCCCUUUCAUGCCAAUUAUCUUUAAUUUCCCACCAGAGUUCGCUGGAGUUCCUCAAGAAAUCCAAGCCGAAAUCCAGAAGAGAGACUUCUCGCAUGUGUAA